AUGGUUGAUGAGAGAACUAAUGUGGUUGGAGAGGAGGAGCUGCUUAGAGGGCUUCGGGGAGAGCUGAUGCCUAGACACGUGGCAGUGAUAAUGGAUGGAAACCGGAGAUGGGCCAAACAGGCCGGAUUGCUGACGUCACAAGGCCACGAGGCCGGAGCUAAACGGCUUAUAGACGAGGAAAUCCGAGUUUCUGUUAUCGGGAAUCUCGCAAAUAUCCCUGAAUCUCUCCUCGGUGUAAUCAAAGAGACAGAGGAAGCUACGAAGAGCUACAAGAAGAAGCAUCUCAUCUUGGCCAUAGAUUACAGCGGGAGAUUCGACAUCUUGCACGCUUGCAAGAGCCUUAUGAAGAAAUCGGACCAAGGGCUGAUCCGGGAGGAAGACGUGGACCAGACGUUGUUCGAGAGAGAGCUUCUGACCAAUUGUACAGAGUUCCCAAGUCCUGAUCUCUUGAUUAGGACAAGUGGAGAAGAAAGGGUGAGUAACUUCUUCUUGUGGCAGCUCGCUUAUACCGAGCUUUUCUUCUCCCCGGUCCUUUGGCCUGACUUCGAUAAGGACAAGCUUCUAGAGGCCCUGACUUCUUAUCAGCGCAGGGAAAGACGAUUUGGCUGCCGGGCCAGAGUUCUUGAGCGAAGAAGAGCUCUGUAUAAGCCAAUUGCCACAGCAAGAAGUUACUCACUCUUAGCUCACCGCUCGUUCUUAUCAGUAGAUCCGGGUAAGGAAACUCUGUACAGUUGGUCUCAAGUUCUUGCUCGAUCAGUCUCUCGUCUAUCUCCUCAACUUCGAUCUCACCAUCUUUCACUCUCUGCGCUAUGCCUCUGCAGGCCUGUAGAACAUCGUACUUCCCGCUGUAACCAACGGCUACGAUUAGCUGAAGCCUCGUGUUGUUCCUUGUGGCUUCCUCCACUUCACAAGAUCACCACAACACAAAGCUUCUUGAUGGAUCUCUAUGUUACUUACUUCGCUAAGAGAGACAACCAUCAGAAUCUAAGAACUCACAUCGCAUCAGAUAUAAAUUUCGAUUCAUAUAGAGGUCAUAUUCAAAUUAGGUUUUACCUUUGGUCUAAUCCAAUUAUCGGUAGAGAAGGCGAAAACGGUGAGGACUUGGAUUCCCCAUUUACCGCAAAGCUCGACGAUCUCUCUCAGAGCUUCAACGCCGGCUCUGUGACCAUCCCAAGGUUGAAGACCUCGAUUCUUCGCCCAUCUUCCGUUUCCGUCCAUUAUAACCGCCACGUGCUUCGGCAUCAGCUCCGGCUGGAGUCCCUCCGGCAGAGUUUCUUCCUCCGCCGCGAUCGGACUCCGAACCCGACUCCUCUACGAUUCUCCACGAAACCCGGCGAGAGAGAGGGGAAGCAAUCUCUACCUAGCCUCCAUCGCUGCUCUAAAGCGCCGGCGUUGAACCUCCGGAAAUCGAAGGAUGUGGAAGCAGGAACGCGCAAGGAUAACAUCUUAUUGAAUCGAUUACUCAAUGCUUGGGGCUAG